UUGCUGGGGGAAGGGCUGUCACAGCUGAUCAGGGGGUGAGGCUGUCCAGAGGUUCCAUUGAAUGCCCCUCACCCCCAGCCUGGGGAUGGCUUGUGUCCAGACAGGUUAUAAAAUGCUCAGGGGCUGGUCAGUUUAGGAGAUAAGCUGAACUUUGAAUGCUGGCAGGCCGUGCUUUGCCAUCCCACUUGGACUGCUGUGGAGGACUGAGUAAUUUGGAUUAUAGCAAGGUUGAUUCCUCAGCCAUGACACUGCUGCUCGGCUAUGUCAAACUGACCGAUUCCACCUUCGCUGCCGCUGUCCUUUGCAUUGCUUUUAACCCGCUUUUCUGGAAUGUGGUAGCAAGAUGGGAACACAAAACCCGAGUUCUCAGUAGAGUCUGUGGCUCUCCAUAUACUGCAUGUUACUGCCUGGGCGCUGUCAUCCUGCUGCUUAACUUUAUACGGAGCCAUUGUUUCACGGAAGCCAUGAGGAGCCAGCCGAAGCUGGAAGGUCUGGAUUGCCUGUCUGUCUACUACGCAGGCUUGGCUGUUCUCGGAAUAGGGUUCUUGUUCGUCAUCUCCAGUUUUUUAGCACUGGGAUUCAUCGGGACAUUUUUGGGCGAUUACUUUGGCAUCCUGAAGGAGGAGAAAGUGACAAGCUUCCCGUUUAAUGUAAUGGACAAUCCCAUGUACUGGGGCAGCACUGCCUGCUACCUCGGCUGGUCCAUCAUGCAUGCGAGCCCAGCUGGCCUUUUACUGACAGCUGUAGUGGCGGUUUCUUAUAUGAUUGCAAUGCUGUAUGAGGGACCCUUCACAGAAGAAAUCUAUCAGCAGAAACAGAAGGCGGCAAAGAACAAAUAGCAGCAGCAGGUGUGUUUGCAGAGUACUGAGGAGAGCGCAAGAGCCGGGUGAUUUCAAUAAGGGGAGUCGGUCUGCUGGGCCAUCCACCUGCGCGAGAUAAUUUGACGGGAUACGAGAACUCAGCCUGACUUCUAAUUAUGCCCUUCCCCAAGCUUUGCAUUCGCUGACUCUUUCUAAUCCCUCUCUCUAGUUCUCAAGAGAUUUUGAACUUCAAACCCCCACAAAACCCAGCUAGGAGGGUUUCUUCACAAUGAGUUUUGUUCCCACUUCCCAGUUGGUUCCAAAACAGCCAAGGCAAAAGUGUUUUGAUUAUAGGCUUGAACGUGAAAGAAAGGCAAAACCGGCAGGGAACCUUGAAGUUAAACGUUUAACCUCUAUAAAGCCGCAAGAAAAACCCAGCUACUGCAUGAGGCCAGGGUUCAAACGUAACAGGUGCGAUUGUGCAAAAGCGCACAUGCGCUCUGUGAGCCUGCAUUGUGGACAUGCCAACCAGGUAAAGCCAUGCCUGACUGCCCCAUUGCAAGUGGAGAUCAGGUCAUUCCAGACACACAUUUGCACAUGCUUGUGUUAUGAAAAUUUAGCCCAAGCGGCCUGAUUUUUAGACUUGCACGUGUAAAGUCCUGUGCAAAAAGGCUUGGGCAAGUACCUGGCUGGUCUGCACGCACAGUUACUGCCAUUGCACCUUUUGCUAGUCUUAAAUUCACCAAAAUUUGGUCAAGAUUUUCAAAAGUGACUAGUGAUUUUGGAGGCCACAAUUUUUUGGAUGGCCAGAGUGAGACAUCUUCAAAGGACUAAUGGUCAGGAAGUGCUGAGUGGCCAUCGGGCCCCGUCAAAGUGCCUCAAGUUGGGCAUUCAAAAUCACUAGUCACUUUUGCCAG